AUCUUAACAGUUCCGUUUUUCAUUCUUCAACACUCUUCGGCCUCCUGAUUCUCUCUCUCUCUCUCUCUCUCCGUUUCAGAUGGUUUCGAAGUCGCUUCGCUUUGCUCUGAUUCGUGCGAUUGUGCUUACGUAAGGGUUUGUGAUUUCCAAUGGCGGCUACAGCUACUUACCCGCCUCCACCACCAUAUUACAAGUUGUACAAGGACUACAUUCAAAACCCUAACUCCGCUCCGGAACCUCCUCCUCCUAUUGAAGGCACUUACGUCCUCUUUGGUGCCAAUUACACUACGGAUGAUGUGCUUCCAAGCUUGGAAGAACAAGGAGUCCGUCAGUUGUAUCCUACGGGACCUAAUAUUGAUUUCAAGAACGAACUGAGAUCACUUAACAGAGAUCUCCAGCUGCAUAUUUUGGAGCUUGCUGAUGUUCUUGUAGAGCGGCCAUCUCAAUAUGCGAGGAGGGUAGAAGACAUUUCUCUGAUAUUCAAGAACUUACAUCACCUUUUGAAUUCACUGCGUCCUCACCAGGGCAGAGCAACUCUAAUUCACCUACUAGAAUCUCAGAUACAGCGUCGUAAACAAGCUGUGGAGGAUAUUAAGCGGAGGAGAGAAGAAGCGCAGAAACUGCUCAAGGAGGCUCUUGGAACAUUGGAUGGCCAUUAGCUUGUAGAUACAUACUUCUAUCUUGAAAACUUGCAGCACCCUAUGCCGCAGUUUUAUAUUGUCCAAAAGCUCUGGUUUUACUUAUUUUCCUAGGUUAAUGGUGGGCAUCUGAUUAUGCUUCAAAACAGCGGCAAGGGCUUCCUCUGUUCUUCGAUUGUUGUUUACUAGUAAUAGGAAUAUGUGGAGCCUGUUCCAAAACCAGAAACUUUUUUUUGGUUGUUUUGUUUAGACUAUCUAGAUUCUAACUAUCUAAAGGCUAUGUGAUGGAACAACUAAUCAUAUUCUUUGCUGAUUUUCUUUUCCUACACAAAA